ACAGCUUAAGGAUCAAGGAAGCAUUGUAUUUUCGGUUGUCUGUUGUGUUUGGAUGUCACUUUUAUUUACCAAUUUUAAGAUUAAAUUGUUCAGUAAAUUAAAUUGAAAUUACAUCGAUCUCUUGUAAAUCUAUAAAAUUUAAUGAUAUCUCAAACAUACUUAUCAUAAAUAUGAUCUACUCAACUAAGCUCCCUUGAAACUGCUGGACCUGGGUAGUUCUAGUUGAAUAUUGUGAUAAGAUGCAAUGGAUAAGCACGCAGACUUUUUGGGAAGCAAUCCUGCUGAUCCUUAUGAGGAGCAGUUGCUGGAAAUGUUCAGAAGCUGUGAUUCGUGGAAUCAUGGCUAUCUUGAUCGUUGUGGCCUGGAACUGCUGUGCACCAAAUUGCAUCUGGAAGAAGCGAGACCGCAACUUAUCGAAUGUCUGCUCAAUUCAAAGCAAACUGUCACGUUUGUCGAAUUCAGAGACGCUCUCCUGACGCUGCUAGGCUCGGCUAUGAAACAGUCCGAAGAAAAUAGAGACCCGUCUCCUGUUCGUGAGGUAUCACCGAAGUUUGUCUUCGGCCAGAAAAAGUAUGGAAGAAGAUCGAGACCGGAAAGCACAGAUCAAGAUGGUGGUGUUCACGAUAUUCAUAUCGACGAGUCUGAUGCAGAUGCAUUUGUGCCUUCAAUCGAUGAGAAAGGUGCUGAGAAAGAGGUUCAUGAUGAGGCGGCUCAUCCACAAAAUAACGACAUCAUUAUUUUCGAUAAAAAUGUGCUGGCAGAGUGUGAGGAGGAGGAGCAGCAGCAGCAGCAGCAGAGUGACUCGCCUCGUAGCCAGUGUGAGCUGGAGCUGAAGGCUGCCUGGCAGAGGCUGGGAGUCGGGUCGGACGGGUGCCUUGACCAAGCCCAGUUGGCCAGUGUGUGUCGCGCCAUAGGCAUGGAGCGCGCCGCUAAUGAGAUUGUGAGAGAAGUGUUCUCGAAGGUGGGCUGCGAUGCCGAUGGCGGCAGAAUCAGCUUCGACGAGUUUGUGCAGCUGCUGCGAAGUGGCUACACGUGUCCCCCCUCCCCGCUGCAGACCUCCCCCUCACCACCGCCCACCCCCACUCCUUUCCAUCCCACCAUCCAUCCAACUAGUCUCGAUGUCAGCUCUUCUGGGUAUGUUUCGGCGGACAGCGUGGUGGAGCUGUGGGAAAUGAGUGGAGUGCCGGAUGCGGCCUCUCUGCUGCAAGAACUGGGCGUGUCCAGCUCGCAGGACGUCAGUCUGUCGCUGCUGUCCGGCAUUCUCGACGAAGAACUGCGAACCCUGCGAACCAGUAGUGUCAAACUGCCAUCCAGUCCACUAGUCACCUACCUAAGUGCCUCUUUGACUCUAUCUCAUGUUCAGCUCAAGCAAUCCAAGAACAGUUUGGAGCAGUUGACGGGAGAAAGAGACAAGCUGCGCAAUGAUUUGGCGGAGGCCAACCACAGAGCCACUCUGCUCGCUCAGGAAGUCGACGACAGUCACGCCCGUUUGGAGCGCGCCACCCAGAAACAAGUCAAGUUGUUGGAGCAGAGGCAUACAGAACAAGUGAAGCAGUUGACCUCGCAACUGGUGACUGAACGUGAACAGCUGACUGGCACCACUCUCCGGCUGGAGAAGAAGCUGGCCGAUGUACAAGAAGAAGAAUCCCGGCUGCGUUCCGAAGUAUCUUCACUGCAAUCGGAAUGUUUGAAUAUGGAAAAAGAGAACAGGAAUCUUAUUGAGCAACUGGCAUUGAGUGAGACCACUAGAAAGCACGCUCAAGAUGAAAUUCAACGCAUGGAAUCAUUGCAAAUUAGAUUAUCGGAGCUUGAAGGAAGUAGUUUCCAAGUAGCAUCUCUUGUCGAACAACUAACAGCACUGCAAAGUGAAAAUACCAAGCUACGAGAUCGCAAUGAUGAAUUGACCACUCAAAUAGAGACUUUAUCAACACGUCUCUCGAAUCGCAAACAAGGAAGCAGCAUGUCGCUGGAGGGGGGGAGCGGCGGUGGGAGUGGGGGUGGUGGUGGGGGCACGAAGCGGAGAGGCCAAGGCCAUUCGCCGGUGCGGAGUUGGGUGGAUGUGCGCGGCGACUGGGGUGACACUAGCUCUCCUAGUCCUCGCCAGGGCAAAGUCAGACGCUGUUGUACAGAGAAUGAUCUUUCACUCGAUAAUGUUCCUAUGGAAGGGCUUGCAAUCCGACCGUUGAGGCAUAGUGAGAGUGGGCUUGGUGCUGAUCUUGAGACCCUCGAUGACUCACUGACGCUUUCAAACUGCAGUGAUAAUACGAUGAGCUUCAAAGUAGGAAGUGAUUCGAGCAAGGACAUUGAAGUGGAGAAGCUGCAAGCGUACAUUUGCGAGCUCGAACGUUUAGUGGAACAGUAUCGACUCAAACUAGCGGUUUUUGAACUAGGCCCUGAGAUGUGUGAUGAAGACAGUGAAAUUGAGUCAAAUUUCAAAACAUUUAUCAAACUUCCCCACUUAGAAGAGCAGAGUACAGCUCCAAGAACUUUUAUUGUGUCUAAAGAUGGCGAUGAAUUGGACUUAUCUACUCAUCUAGUUGAUAAGGAAAUUUCCUGUAACAUUGAAGUAAGCAGUCCAAAACAAUUGACGGAAAUGGAAAUUCAGACAUCAAUCCAGGACUCUCAUGAAGUUGACCAACUGGAAAAGCAUUGUCAAGAACUCGAGUCAAAGUUGAAUGAAGUGCAGGUCAAAAUAUUGGAUAUUUUGAAUGAGAAGAAAGCCAGUGAUGAAGAGAACCUGAAAUUAAGAGAAGAAAUGGGACUUCUGAGAAAGAAAAUUGAUCAAAGUAAAAGUCCAACGAACUUCAAUGAUGGAAUUCAGUGGGAUUGUAGUUUGAAGAUUGAGCCUGUUGCUAAAAGUGAAGGAACUUUGGAGAGUGAUGUAAAUAGUGACAUCGCUAUUGAUUCUCAAAAUUCUCAAAACAAUCGCCUAGAUAGCUUUUCUUUUGUGAAAGAAGAAAUUACAAUUUCAAGUAAUGACGAACAACAGAAAGUUUUUAGUUUUGACAAUUUGUGUGAAUACUCUUUCAAAGUAACUCCUGAUCUGGGUUGUGAUAAUGACGUUAGCUUUAGUAAAUCAAUUGAAAAACCAUUUACUUCAUCACCUUUGUGCCUUGACACGUGUAGCUCAAGUAGAGUAAAUUCUGAAUUAGACACAGAGAAUAAAAUGAAUUACGAUGACUCAAAAAUCGAAAUGAUUGAAUGCAAAAGUUGUCCAGAUGAUAAGACUGUAAGCGAAGAGAAUGUGAAUAAUUUAUUGUUGAAAAAUAAACAACUUUCUGACAGAUGUGUUGAGCUUGAAACUAGUCUAGAUUUGAUGAGAAUAGAGUAUGAAAAAUGCGAAGAUUACUGGCAAAGUAAACUGGAUGAGGAGCGUCGCAUUUUUGAUCAGGAGCAAAAGUUGAGUGAUAGUAAGUUUGCAGAGCUUGAAAGCAAAAUAUUGGAGUAUGCUGAACUGUAUGGCUCAGAAAAUGAUCACAAACCGAUCGACAAUCGUCUUCCUACAAUUGAGGAGAAAUACAGCCUUGAACGACAGUUUAUCGAUUUGGAAGAGGAAUUUGAGGAAUUUCGAAAAAGAGCUGAAGCUGAAUUGUCUGCAAGAGAUAGAGAGAUUGCUCUUUUGAAAGUUUCCUCUCCAUCAAGAGUUGACUCUACUGGUUGUGAAAUUGGGAUUCAAACAGAUACUGUGAGCGUUGGUACUGAAAAGUCUGAAAGUAUAUCACAAAAUAAGAGCAAACUUGCUGCAGGGGAAGUGAGGGCCGAAUGUUCUUGCAAUUGCCACAGAGAGUUACCACGCGAGGUGCAAAAAAUGCGAGAAGCCAAAGUCAAAUUGCAGUCCGAGUACAAAGUGUUGUCCCAUAGAAAGGAGCAGUUACUGCGAAGCAUAUCUGCUCUUCAGCAUAGUUACCCUCCAGCAGUGUGCGAAAGAGAGAUGAUGCAAAAUGUCGUGGCUCAAUUACAUUACCAAGAAAUGCGAUGUCGCCAUCUGCAGUCUGCUUUGAAACACCAGCAACGUCAGACUGAAAAAAUACUGCAAGCUUCUUGGGAACAGCAUAAAAAUGACUUGGUCAGUGUUCAAGCUACUCUGCGCAUGACUCAAGAGAAACUGCACCAACAAACUAAAGCAACCAAAGAACAAAUGGAGCGGCUGGCGAAAUCUGAUGUGCUGGUGAAAGAUCUGUUUGUAGAGAACGGUCAGCUCUUAGUUACGAUCCAGAACCUUGAAGAGCAUUGCCGCUAUCUAACUGACAAAGCUAUGCUUACUAGCGCAGUAUAGAUUGUUAUCUUAUAUUUUAACCAAUUUAUCGAUCACUCAAUGGUCAACUUUAGGCCUCAAUAAUGUUAUUUUCGGGCCAUAGACAUGAUAGUCGAUUUUAAAACGUGUACGAUCAACUUUGAUAUUCUAAUCCAAUCUAACUUGUAUUUGUCUCACCAAAGGACUGAUAUUCGUUAUUAACCACCAAAUAUUCACCUCUCACGUAUUUUGUAAAUCACUUUUCUUGUAACAAGUCUGAACAAUUUAGGUGUGCAAUAAGGAAAUAAGUAUAAUUAUUAAUUAAGCUUGAAUAAAACUAAAUGAUCCACUAUUUUUGAUGUAACAUAAGUGAUUAAUUUUAUCACUCACUGCAUAAAUCAAUAAGUCACGUUUGGUGUUUAAUUUAUCUGUAAAUAUUUUGUUUUUUAUCGAAUAAUUUGUUGUUGUUGUUUUUAGAUUUACUUGUUAUUAAGAAUUAUUUUUUCUACCAUUGAUUGCAUGUUUCACAAGCUGUUCAUUUAUAAUAGGAAUGAGUAUUGUUUGUUAACUUGCAGUGAAUACCAAAUAAAUAAAUGGUUAUAAACAGAA